AUGGGCGAGCCCUGCGAGCGCGGUGCCUGUUCCCCAGCCGCUGGCAUAAAGGAAGGAGCGGACGCGGAGUCCUGGGACACGCCGCUGGGUUUCCUGGAGAGCGCUCAGAUGGACAACGGGAGCAACGUGUCCUUCUUGCAGUUCAAGACGAUCAACCUGGAGCGAGCCGACGGAAUGCAGGGGGACAGUUCCGACGUGGUGCGGAUUGUCAUCUCCCUGGUGUACUCCGUGGUGUGUGCCCUGGGACUGGUGGGCAAUCUGCUGGUGCUCUACCUGAUGAAAAGCAAGCAAGGCUGGAGGAAAUCCUCCAUCAACCUCUUUGUCACCAGCCUGGCAGUGACUGACUUCCAGUUUGUGCUGACCUUGCCAUUCUGGGCAGUGGAGAAUGCGCUGGACUUCAACUGGCUCUUUGGGAAGGCAAUGUGUAAGAUCGUCUCCUAUGUGACAGCAAUGAAUAUGUAUGCCAGUGUAUUCUUUCUCACUGCUAUGAGUGUGGCUCGAUACCGCUCUGUAGCUUCAGCCUUGAAAAAUCAGCGUCGAGGUGACCCACUGGGUGGCUGCUGCUCUGCCAAGUGGCUUUGUGCACUCAUCUGGCUGUCAGCUGUCCUGGCUUCUCUGCCCCAUGCCAUUUUUUCCACCACUGCCACUGUCUUUGAUGAUGUUCUCUGUCUUGUCAAGUUCCCAGAGGGCCGAGGCAGCAAUGCCCAGUUCUGGCUGGGUCUCUACCACAUCCAGAAGGUGCUGCUGGGCUUUGUGGUGCCGCUGGUCAUCAUUUGUCUCUGCUACUUGCUCCUGGUGCGCUUCAUCAGUGACAAGCAUGUGGGCAGCACCUGCAGCGGCCCCAGAAUCAAGCGCCGCUCCAAAGUGACUAGGUCAGUGUCCAUCGUGGUGCUGUCUUUCUUCUUGUGCUGGCUGCCUAACCAAGCACUUACAACGUGGGGGAUACUCAUCAAGCUCAACAUAGUGCCCUUCAGUAACGAGUACUUUCUCUCCCAAGUGUACAUCUUCCCCAUCAGCGUGUGCCUGGCACACUCCAACAGCUGCCUCAAUCCCAUCCUCUACUGCCUCAUGCGCAGGGAGUUCCGCAAGGCACUGAAGAGCCUCCUCUGGAAGAUCACCUCACCUUCCCUCACCACCAUGCGCCCUUUCACUGACACCACCAAGCCUGAGAAGGAUGAGCAAGCCCUGCAUGCCGUGAUGCCUGUCCACCCUGCCCCUGCUGCUGCCCGUGCUGCAGCUGUCCAGGCAGAGGUGGCCUAUUACCCCCCCGGGGUGGUGAUGUACAACAGCCGCUACGACCUGCUGCCUGUUGGCUCCAUGGAGCAUCACUGCUGAGAUGGCAGGGGGCUCUGGGGGGGUGGGACAGUGCCAGAUGUGGCCUGGGGAUAUUGAAUGCCUGGUCAGGACAAGGGGAGGAGAGAUGAGUAAAGGAGGACUUCUGUGUGAGAGAUGCUCUUUUGCUGUUUUGUCUGCCCUUGGAGACACUUGAAGGACCUUGUCUGGAAGACACACCCUGAGGUGGAGAACAGGACUAGGUGGGGUGUCUCUAUGAGAUGCCUUUUAGUGCUUGUACCUGUGCUGGGGAACAAGAACUAAUGAGGAUGAUGGGACUCCUGCCAGGGAGGAUGCAGGAUGCGCAAAGCACACAGGGGCUAAUUGGGGUGGACAGAGGUUGGAAGGCUGAAACCACAUCCCCUCAAGCUGGAGUUGCAAGCAGCCCUCCCACCAUGGCAGGGAGAGGGAGCUGAGCUGCCUUGUCCCUGCUGCAGGACCCUGUAAAUGAUACUGGCCUGACUGGU